AUGGUCAUGGCUGACAGCGUCCAGAAACCGCUGCUCAGGGGUCCAGUUCGUGUGGGCUUCUACGACAUCGAGCGCACUUUGGGCAAGGGCAACUUUGCCGUCGUCAAACUAGCCCGACAUCGCAUAACCAAGACGGAGGUGGCCAUUAAGAUUAUUGACAAGACACAACUGGAUGCAGUCAACCUGGAAAAGAUCUACAGAGAAGUUCAAAUAAUGAAAAUGCUGGACCAUCCGCACAUCAUCAAGCUCUACCAGGUGAUGGAGACGAAGAAUAUGCUUUAUCUGGUCACAGAGUAUGCAAAGAAUGGGGAGAUCUUUGAUUACUUGGCAAAGCACGGCAGACUGAGUGAAAUGGAGGCCAGGAGGAAGUUCUGGCAGAUCUUGUCAGCAGUGGAAUAUUGUCACAACCGCAAAAUUGUCCACCGGGAUUUGAAGGCAGAGAAUCUGCUUCUGGAUAGCCACAUGAACAUCAAAAUUGCAGAUUUUGGAUUUGGGAACUUCUUCCAGCCUGGAGAACCUUUGGCCACAUGGUGUGGCAGCCCCCCCUACGCAGCUCCCGAGGUUUUUGAGGGCCAACAGUAUGAGGGCCCGCAAUUGGACAUUUGGAGCAUGGGUGUGGUGCUGUAUGUGUUGGUCUGUGGUGCUUUGCCUUUCGACGGACCCACCCUGCCUGUGCUCCGCCAACGAGUACUGGAAGGAAGGUUCCGCAUCCCUUACUUCAUGACAGAAGACUGCGAGCAUCUGAUCCGCAGGAUGUUGGUCCUGGAUCCAUCAAAGCGUCUGUCUGUCGCGCAGAUCAAAGAGCACAAGUGGAUGGCACUAGAUGUUCCGGUGCAGCGGCCAGUUCUGUACAAGCAGCAUGCCUCUGUUGAGGGUGAGACAGGCGUGAGCGAGUAUAGCGAGCAGGUUCUACGUUUGAUGCACAGCCUUGGCAUCGACCAGCACAAGACUGUGGAGUCUCUGCAGAAUAAAAGCUACAACCACUUUGCUGCCAUUUACUACCUGCUAGUGGAGCGGCUAAAGGCCCACCGUUGCAGCUUCCCGGUGGAACAGAGGCUGGAUGCACGUCAGCGGAGGCCCAGCACUAUCGCUGAACAGACAGUCGUCAAGUCGACUACCGGCUCGGCUCAGGUGGGCCUGCUGCCACAGGGGGUCCGUCUGCUGCGAUCCCCUGCGGUUUCCCAAGCCGCAUCUGAUGCGUUCACUUUCGCCCAACCAACCUGCAACCUGGAGCAGAAUUUCAUGGCCGAGGACGUCAACACACCCAAAGUAAACGGCUGUCUACUGGACCCCCUGCCUCCCGUAACAGUGCUCCGCAAGUCCUCCACCUCGUCUCCUAGCAACAUGAUGGAGAUGUCGAUUGAUGAGGGCAUCGAGACCGAAGAGCCUGACACAGAGGAGGAUGCGCCUCAUAUGCUAUUAGCUUAUCAGACGGCUCGCUUCGGCCAGAGACGACACACCCUCUCUGAGGUCACUAACCAGCCGGGAACGUCAAACCAGGGUAAACUGAUCACGCUAGGUCACAAUCCCUCCACGGGAAGCAUGGACUCUGACAUAGGCUACGACAUGGGUUCCAUGCACAGCGACCUCAGUUUGCUCGAGGACUCCCCGUCGCUCAGUGAAGUGGUGCUGGCCAACAGCACGGUGUCCCGCGUCCCACCUACGUCAUUCCUGAGCGCACGGCCUACCAACCCGGCAAUGGCUGCUCUGACCUCGCAGCACAGGGACACCCACAACCGUUCACCCAUCAGUUUCAGAGAGGGACGCCGUGCCUCUGACACCUCACUCACACAAGGUCUGGUUGCCUUUCGACAGCAUCUCCAGAACCUGGCGAGGACCAAAGGCAUCCUGGAAUUGAACAAAGUCCAAAUGCUGGUAGAGCAGAUGGGCUCCGGGGAUGGGACCGUCAUGGGCCACCCGGGACCCCAGCACCACUUGCACAACCUCCUGGAGACUGAGGCAACCAAGCAACAGGAGGGUCCGACUUUAUACCAAGGUGGGCCGCAGGCACCCCUGCUGUCCCGAAGACAAAGUCUGGAGACGCAAUACCUCACCCAUCGUCUGCAGACCAGCGUUUUGGCAAGCAGUCCUGCAAGCUGCCAGAUGUUCUGUAAGGAGUCUCCUCGAAGUUUAGAGCAACAACUACAAGAACACCGACUGAACCAGAAGAGGAUGUACCUGCAGCAGUCACAGGGUCUGGGCUUGCCGGUAUACUUCAAUCAGAUGCAGAUUGCUGAAGGGUCCUAUCCGGCAGUCGGCGCCCCUUUGGACACUGCAACCUCCCAGAACUCGCCCCUAAUGUCAGCCGGCAGCUCCCAGCCACAACCACAGCAACAGGCCUCGCCUUUGUUCGGCCACCCCCACAGCCUGAGCCCUCUGAUGGAACCGGGGGAGGGCGUGCUUUACGACCCCUAUGUGAGUCACCACCACUAUCCCCAGCACUUGUCCAAUGUCCCCCACCUUCAGCACAACCCCCUGCAAACCCUCCACCACCACCAGUUGCCUCAUGAAAACUCAGCUGCUAGUCUGGGUUUUUGCUAUCCUGUAGAGCAGCAAGCCACUGAAGCCUUUCCCCCAGGCCAGUAUGAGUUCCCCCUAGACAUAAGUCUGCUCCCUCCUCCCACCAUCGGUGAGGUGGAGGUGCCCAGGGCCGAGGCCUCUUGCGAGCCGGGCAAACCCGAGGGGCUGGUUCUGUCCGAGCUGCAGAACCCGCUCCUGGAAAGCGAGAUGAUGGAAACUGUGGACUCCCAGCACGGCUUUGUGCUGGUCAACUGA